AUGGCCAAAGCUGGGAUUUGCAUAGUGAUUAGGGUAUUUGAGGACCGGCUCCCAAAUGUACUUCCGAGUGAGACGUGGGAAUUAAUGGAAGUAGGGAGCGAAGGAGAUAUGGAGGGAAUUUUGGAACACGGGUAUUUAGUAGCCACAGUGACCUCAGUUUCUUCACCCAUUCCGGAUAUGUUUACCUCUGCUAGCUUAAGAUCCGAAGAGGAAAUAAAUGAAGAAGCUUUAACUUCCCUGAACAACCUAAUUGAUUUUGACUUCUUGUCUCCUGCAGCCUUGGCAUUGCCGCAGGACUCCGUCUACGACGACUACGAAUACAAGGAGGAGGACGUCGAUUACGACAGCCUGCCGGAAUUCACGGUGGAGCCUCAACGCCUGAAGGUCAAAGAAGGCGGGACAGUCAUUGUAUCAUGCGAAAACAAUAAAAGACCGGAAGACGAUCAAGCGACUACACAGGAAAACGAACCCCUUUCAGCCCCUUACGCCCUGAUCAUCAAGAAGGAGGGGACGGACGCCCAGAGAGAGAAGCUUCUCUUCGUGGACAACGUCAAAGUGAGCCGCGACCGACGCCACAAGCUCAAUGACAAUAAGGUCGAAAUCUCCAACAUCAGGAAAUCCGAUGCCGGCACCUACAUCUGUCAAAUGGAGAGUACCCCUCCGGUGAUCCUGCGCCACGUCCUGGAGGUGGAAUAUGCCCCAAAAAUCAAGGCCGUCACCGAGGGAGAACAGCGCGUCAACAAAGGAGACAGUGUCAGGCUCGAAUGUGAGGCUGAAGGUAACCCCGUUCCAGCCAUCAAGUGGUCCAAGCAGGACGGACGCCUGCCAUCGGGCGUUAUGGAAGAGGAGGUAUCCCCACCGUCCUCGACUAUGUCUACUCAGGGUUACAGCAUCACCCUGGCUGAGGUCGACAGACACGUUGAGGGCACCUACGUCUGCACAGCUGACAACGGCAUCGGGGAACCGGCAUCUGACGCCAUUUCCGUCGUCGUAGAAUACCCACCAGAAAUCAUAACCGAAAAGGACAUGGUGAGAACUGAAGAUGGCGACACAGUUGAACUGGUAUGCAUCGUCCACGCCAGACCCACCCCAAGAGUGGAAUGGACCAAAGACGGAAACCCUCUGUCCGUUGACAGCCAUAUCGAAGAACAGCAGAAUGGUGGACGCCGCUACUCAAUCAAGAUCACCCAGAUUGAACAACAAGACUUUGGCGAAUACACCUGCACAGCUGAAAACAAAUUUGGAGUUGUUGAGUCCUCUAUUUCCCUAAGUGGUCUCCCCAAACCUCCCCAGUUCACGAGCAGCCCCAACGGAGGCGAAGAGAACAGCUACACCCUCACAUGGGAGACGGAAAGCUACUACCCCAUCACCGAAUACCGUCUCAAAUACAGAAAAGCCAAGGCCAACGACUCGACCGACGAACCAGGAGAAUGGAUGGAUAUGACCCACGAAGUGAACGGAAAUCUGGAAACCAAUGGCCUUAAACACACCAUGAAGCACACACUGAGAGACCUGGAAGCAGCCACCGACUACAACGCGUCGGUUCAAAUCAAGAACCAAUACUUGUGGGGAGACAGCGCCGAGUUCUCCUUUUCUACUAGAAAAGUUCUACCUACCACUACUACUACUACUACUACCCCCAUCACCAUCACUACUACUGCUAUUCACACCCCCACCUCUUCCAAUACCCCACCCUCUACCACUACCCAACUCCCCACCGCAACCUUUGUCGGAGAAAGUGAGCGCUCCUCAAGACCCUCAGUCCAAGAGGUGGCACAGCCCACCAAAAUAAGUGGUGCUUCAGCAACAAGCUUCAGCGCCCUGCUCAUGCUCGUCCCCGCUCUCCUUCUGGCGACUCAAAGUCACUGGUAGAGAUUAGUUCCUUCUGUAGCAGAUAGAAUUGGUUGUCUUGAAGCCGAACUAUCUCUUUAUAGUGUCAGCUUUUGCGACAUCCACAGACUCAGGAGUACUGCGAGACCUAGAAACUUGCAAUCACUUUACUUGAGUCCUCCAUGAAAUAUUUCCAGUGUUCUUUAUUGCCUUUUUUUUUAAUAAAUAACUUGAAAAAAACAUCUGUAUUAGAUUUCGUCAUGAUCAAUAAAAGAUUGUUCAGAAAGCAGUGUAUUUGCAAUAUGCUGCCAAACAUGGAUUCAAGAUCUGUUGCUAGAGUUUUAGAAGAUAUGUACCAUUUUAAUUUCCUCCUAACCUGAAGCUCAUUAACUCUAAUGUCAAAUGGAAGGUAGCAAUCUUGUAUUCUAACCUAGUGUGUGUGUCAGAAAUUCUAGAUGUAGAGAAUUUUUCCUCUUUGUAUUAUUUGAUGUAUAAGAUAUGGUCAUGGUACUAAGAGCAGGUCAAAAACAAUUCUCAUCAAUUUUCAGAAAUUUAGAAAUUAUAUAAUUCUUUGGAUUUUGAUAAAAUACUAACAGAUCGUCAUUAAAAAAAAAAAGAAUGAAUGAAUCACAAAUCAAAGCAGCAUUUUUUCUUUUUUAUUGUCUGGUGAUUUACCAUGAUCUCCUGAUUACUUGUUCAUGACUACAUUCGACCAGCUUCAUUUAUUUAUUCUUCUUUCAGCUAGAAAACCACAUAUCUUAUAUUUAAGAUGUGUUUGUAUAUGAAUUAACUGCAUAAUACAUAAUAGUAAAGGAAGAAUAUGUAUGCUGAAGAAAAGACUCCGAAUGACAUGUAUAAUUUUUUCCAUUAUCAAGUGAUGUUAAGUUAACUGUAUUAACAAGUCAUAUUAUGUAAGGAAGAGACAAAGGGAAAAAGUUUGCGAGGUAUAAUGACAAAAAAUCACCACUGUAUCUCAAAAACUCUUUGCUCUUUGUGACAUCAAAAGGUCCUUCCUGAGGCUUCAGGAAGGACUUUUUGAUACUCAGUGAGUUGUAUGUUGGCACAAUAAGAACACUUCUGCCUUAGGACAAAAGGAGCAUUCUGUGUAUGUGUUGAAACAACAAAGGGGACUGUUUCUCAGUAAAAUGAAUAAUUUUAAUGAAUUUUUAUAGGGAUGAUUGAUAGUCACUUUGAAAAAGAAAAGAUAGUCACUGUACACUAUAUUUGCAAUGAUACAUUGCUGUUAUAUAAUUAUUUUGAAUAACUUUUGGUAGUGUGUUUCGAGUCUCUCUGUCCCACCUUGCGGACACCUUGAAAGUGUUCCACUGCGCUUCUAAACGCUAUUCUGUCAAAACAGGUCUCAAAGCAAGUGCUCGUCCCUUUGCAUAUUGACGAUUCACAGAGAAAAGGCAAACCGUUUCUGGUGUAGAUCUUGUGGAAGAUUUUCAGGCGGACGAAGCAAGGUGGGAGUAGCGCUGAGGCAGCACAGUGUGUAUUGUAUCCAUCCUCUGGAUACGGAGUAUAUCUUUAAGUUGUCCAUGUAUUGUAUAUAUAUAUGAACUGGAUUCCUUUCCAUCUAUUUUUCUCUCUAUCUAUCCCAUCUAUCCUUAGUCUUAUAUUCGACCAAAUAUAGAUCUAUUUGCAUUUUUGGGACUUACAGAUCCACAAAUAGGUCGCUCUAGUAUGUAUGUUCAGGUACACUAAUGUCAAUGUAUUCACUAGAAGAACUCUAUCAAUGGAUAAUCUCACUUAUUACCCGUUGUAGUGAAUAAUAAUAAUAAUAAUCAUUGUAUCUUAACCAUUUUUUUUCUUGUUGGAGAGAAAAUGGAUCAUCCAUGACUCUCUUUCGGUGGGCGAAAAUAGAUCCAACCCGUUUACCCUCUAUUUCCCUUUUGAAAGAAAACCAUCGCAUACAAACACACAGUUUCGGUCACUCGUCAGGAUCAGUCAUGAGGGCUAAUGCCGAGAGUUCGUAGGCAUGCAAUGCAAUGCAAUGCAAUGUCUGUCUGUAGGUGUUCGUAUCUUGUAUAUAACCUCACUCAAGAAAAUCAAAUAAGCCAUGUACCGGCUUAUAGCUGUAUAAUUUUUGGUCAAAAACACACGUAAGGUUUAGGGUUUAUGUAUACAUGUAUGUUUAAAUAUUAAUGAUUAGAUUGAGAAAUACUGAAGUGCGCAAUGAUAUACUAAUCCUAAACAGGCACGUAAGGUAUACACAUUCUUUUCAUGUGUGUAUGUAUGUUUGUGUGUGUCUGUACUUUUAUCACUGCCUGCAAGCAGAUAGUUUUCGAAUAAUGAAAAGUAAUCGGAAGUCCUCAUUAUCUUAAAAACAUAAAUCACCAUUUUGCACUUAACUGAAAUCAACUGACUCCAAAUUAAACUGGAAGAUUUUUUAUUUGAUUUCAGUAGCUUAUAAAUGUUGCUUUAUGAUGUGUAUCUGUAAGCAGCACUUAAGUAUAACCAAGAAGUGCAUUACUUUGGAGAAAAUGAAAAUGAUCUGGAAGCUUUAGCACAAAGAUUAUAGAUUAAAGUAUGUCCAAGGUGGCAUUUUUUUUCGAAAAUGUAAAUUAAAAAAAAGAACUAGUAGGGAAAUGAUUGCUGAAUAGACAGGUAAUAAGGGUACCAGGAUUUAAAAAGGAUGUGCCGUGACCUCACUACUAAAUUGUAAGUCUUCAACUAUUCUUGGGGUGAUGUUCAAGACUAGAAAAAAAAAAAGAGAAAAAAUUCUUAUGUAGUUAAAAAUACAAGAAAAAAAUAUUCAUCUUAAGAAAUGCGUAAAAUGUUCUACUUUACUAUUGCAAGAAUGAGUGAAAAUUCCACAUGAUUAAGGAUUCAAGUCAUUUGGGAAUGUAUUCAUUUAACGAAAGAACAUUCCAGCUAACAGGGAAAAGUGUUGCCAUAUUGGCAAGAACACUGCCACGAUUUAUUUUUCGUCAUUCAACGCAAAUAUAAACAACAUUCACAUUCUUACAUCAACCCACAUAUGUGCACUUUCUCGCCUUGAAAAGGGCUCAAACCAUCUAUCUAACCUUAGGAAAAACAAAUUCGUAUUAAGUCAGCUGAAUCAUUGUUUAUCGUCUAGGAAAAAAAGAUAAAUUUCUUUUUUAAAUCUUACAGAAGACAAUAGAAUGUUAUAUGUAGUUUCUGAAUCACUGUGGCUGCCCAGGUCACUCCCAGUUUUACUAUUAUGCUUCAAUAGGAAAUAAUAUUAAUAAUUUUUCUAAUGUAAGUUGACCGCACUGCAGGAUGAAGAAGACCUUUAUCAACUCUGAACAGCCUCUCCAUAUAUUGUUUCGGUGAAAAUUUGAUACCUUUGACAGUCAGUGGUGGGUUUCAUGCAUUAUGACUUUGGUUACUAGUUUGGAGCAAGUUCACAAAAAAUACUUCGAAUGUGCAUUUCAGAAGCAGGUUUGUCACAGAAGGUAUCAAGUUAUUCAUAUUUCAGUAAAUACAGUACUAUAGUGAAUAUGUGGUGGUGCUUCUCUUUAAAACUAAGUCUCUUAGAAGUAUUUAAUAGCACUUAUUUCACUUCAUUUUCUUAUUUUAACUUCUGGUAGAUUCCACAGGCAUUAAUAAUUUAAGUACUAUGUUAUAACUUCUCUUCACUCGAAGGCAAAUGCAGGAGAUGGUUGUUUCAGGAGGUCAUCUCCUCUUCGAGGUGCCUUCUUUAUGGGAGGCCAAAGCCUCGCUUUUGUCCUCGUGGUGAAAAUGCAGUGCGGUCACAAAAGGUGUACAUAAUAAGGUAUGAGGAAGAUCUGCCAUUUCAGAAAAUGGAGGCUGGUGAGACAAACGAACACUUGCUUUAUAAGUGGCUUGUUUACAGCAGGCGACUUGAACGCAUGACUGAGUACACGCCGACUUACGCAGAGAACAAAUGACGUGUUAAAGGACGCAUGAUAUACUUGGUGAUAUCAUGUGAAAUAUCCUCUGACAGUGGACUUGACUACGACGACAGUGAGAAAGACGUGUGACCUACUUGACUAACCUGAUCAACUAAGUACAAGACGAUAAGUAAACUGCUCUCUUGAAACACGGAAGAUCAUUUUUUCUGAAUAAGGCAAAAACAUUUGCACCCUAUUUUGUACCAAAGACAAAAGCAGUUUCGUAAUAAGAUAGAACUACGUGGAAUUUUCGAAGAUCCUCAAGAUAAACUACAAAGCUUCAUGACAAGUAUAAAGCGGAUGAAUUUCUCCCAUUUCAUUAACUCACUGACUGACAGAAAACAGUUGAACGACAAAAAAAAUCGUUCUCAGCCCCAUUGUCUGUCUUAGUCUAGGUCUGUCCCAGCAAGAAAUGAUUUGUCAAAGAUUGUAGUCCUCAUUAUUGUGAAAUUUUUAUUUAUUGAUUUGUGAGUUCUUUGUACAUGUGGGAAUUGUAACUUUUUAAAUUAAAGUGGGCUCGUCCAA